AUGUCUUCACAGGAUAUUGAGGCCAAGGAGGCGAACCCAACCGCCGUGCGCGAGCCAGAGGAUAUUCCCACUGCUCCUGCAAAGCCCAACCCAGCUGGCGAGAUUCCCAACGGCGGACUGACUGCCUGGCUACAGGUUCUGGGCUCAUUUAUUCUCUUUCUCAACAGCUGGGGCGUGGUCAACACCUUUGGUGCCUUUCAGAAUUACUACAAGGCCAACCUGUUGAGCGAUGUGUCCAACUCGGACAUCUCAUGGGUCGGUUCGCUGCAGGCGUGCCUGCUGCUCAUCAUUGGUGUCGCGACGGGGCCUCUGUUUGAUGCCGGCUACUUCUACGCCCUCCUGACAACCGGGUCGUUUCUUGUCACCUUCGGCAUGUUUAUGACCAGCCUAUGUACAGAGUAUUGGCAGGUGAUGCUUGCCCAGGGUGUCUGCGUCGGCUUAGGCAGCGGGUGCCUGUUCAUUCCCAGCGUGGCCAUCGUGUCAACCUACUUUACAACGAAAAAGUCCUUCGCCACGGGAAUUGCUGCGUCUGGGAGCAGUCUGGGCGGCAUUAUCUACCCUAUCGUCUUUGUCCGCCUCGAGCCUCGCAUUGGCUUCGGAUGGGCAACCCGGGUCAUCGCCUUUCUCAUGCUGGGAAUGUUUCUCGUCUGCAUCGCAGUCAUGCGCGUGCGAGCCCUCCCGCCGCAGAAGCGCCGUCUGUUUGAGCUGCAGGCUUUCCGCGAGGUCCCCUUCACCAUGUUCAGCAUCGGCGAGUUCUUUGGCUUCAUGGGCCUCUAUAUCCCCUUCUUCUACAUCGAGUCCUACGCCACGAGUAAGGCGGGCACGUCCGCAGCCCUUGCCUUUUACAUGCUCCCUAUCAUGAACGCCGGCUCUGCGUUCGGCCGAAUCAUCCCCAACUUCCUGGCUGACAAGACUGGGCCUCUGAACAUGCUCCUUCCUUGCUCCUUCAUCUCCGCGCUGCUCGCCUACUGCUGGAUAGCGGUUGACAGCACCGCGGGCGUUAUCGUCUUUUCUGUGUUAUACGGUUUCUUUUCUGGCACCUUCGUUUCCCUGCCCCCGACCACCGUUGUCAGUCUAUCGCCCAGUUUGAACGUCGUCGGAACUCGAAUGGGAAUGAACUUUUGCUUUGCUGGUCUCGGUCUACUGGUCGGAACGCCCGUCGCUGGUGCGAUUCUGCAGUCCGGCAGCUGGCUGGGAAUGCAGCUUUUCUGUGCGUCGUCCGUUGUGGUGGCUGGGGCUCUCAUCGUCGUGGCGAGGAUAUCAAAGAAUUCUACCAUUCUAGCAAAGGCUUGA